AUGAGCGGCAAGGAGGCGUGGAAGCCCUUCGUCAAGUUCGAGUACCAGAACCUGCUGCCGGCAGAGCUGCGUAACAAGCUCCGCAAGAUGCUCGUGUUCACGGAGGCCACGGGCACCAAGCAAGUGCACCAGUCGCCGGCGGUGUCGCAGGGCUACCGCUACCCGUCGCCCGACAAGCAGGCGGAGGGCGUGCACGUGCCGUCCAGCGACUCCAAGGACAGCAUCUACAACAUCCAGUACUACACGCGCGACAUCCGCCGCUUCCCGUACCCGACGGAGGUGGGCAUGCACCCGUCCAUCCCCGUGCAGAAGCGCGCCGAGAUCCCGGCGGACGCCAAGCGCGGCUCGCCCGGCAACAAGAACCCGGCCGUGUUGCGCUACGACCCCACGGGCACGCGCUCGGCCAUGUCGACGACCCACGAGGCGCGCGACAAGCUCAUCCUGCAGCAUGCGUCCACGCACAACGUGCGCUUCGAGUGGGAGGGCGACGCCGAGAAGGACAUCCUCGAGGACGCCGACGCCAAGAACCUGCCGCCCGUGCCCGGCCGCCCCUUCGUCUGGGACUUCCCCGCGCAGAGCCGCGUCAUGCGCUGGUAAAUCUGCUGGUAAACUAGCGGCAGCUCUGUUACGCUGCGCUGCGGCGAGGUCAAGAGGGUCUACGAGCAGGCACGCAGCAGGCACGCGACGAUGAUGAUAAGAUGCCCAUUAACGAGCACAACAUGAAAAUUGACGACCAC